UGGCUUGUCCUCCACUCAACAACAAAUUAAAAUCAAGCAAAUUAUACGUUGUACGUUUUUGUUUCAUGUAUACAGUUUGUAAAUUGUUAAUAAAAAAGUUUUAAAAGUGCUACUGUUUAAAGUAUCAUCCUUAUCCUUGUCAUUGAACUGCAUUGUGUAGAACUAUCGUAAUAAAGGACAGCUUUGAAUAUUUUAAAAUGGUUUGCUCGAGUGGAUCCAGUUUUUACAUAAAAGGCAACCACGUACAUGAGAUUAGGAUGUGUGCGCGUGCACGCGAAAGAGCCGUUAAAUCUGCUCGUGUAUUGCUUUUGAGUAAACGCCAGCAGUCUGUGUAAAACAAGAAACGAUAAAAAAAAACUGUCCAGCAUUGCAAUAAGCCUAACUUACUUCACAAAGAUGUCUGGCGAUAUUUCGCGAGGGAAAUUAUGUGAGGAUUUAAAUCGCAUGAGUUUACAACUGAACCAAGAUUUGGAUAUGAUGACUGAGGAAAUGGAGAACAUUACAGUGAAGUUGUCAUGGAUGGCCUAUGACAUGGUGGUGCUGCGUAGCAGUCUGGAUCUUCAUGAAAACAUUAGGAACCUCGAAAAGGAGUUCCUUCAGUGCAAAGCUGUUAUUUGCGGCCCUGAAGUUGGACAAGAUCGAGAAUCUCGCUCUGCUGAUGAAGACCACAGUAUCCCCCAACAAUAGAUUCAUUUUAAUGUUAAUGUGUUAAAUGCUAUACAAUUACAUUAGAAAGAGUGAUUCAAAACUGUCAUGUAUUUGUGAUUAAACGGUCAAAUGAGAUCAUUUGUGUCCCCACACCUCAAUAAAAAAUGUUACCACAAAACCAGUGUGUUCUGAUUGUCAAUCUGAUUUUAAUCUGUUUCUGAAUCCCAAAUAGUGGCCUAAACCUAUUUAACUUCGAAACUCAGAUAUUCAUUGAAUGUGUUUGUUUAGAGUACAUGUGAUUAGCUGCAGAUCAAUAGCAUAAAGUGCACUCUGAGCAGAUAAAUAUCUUAGAUCUACACACAACACAUAAAGAUAACAACCUUUAAUUCUGUUUAGGACAUUGCUUCUUUAUGCAGAUUAUUCCAAAUGAGUUGACAAACAACAACAAACAAUUUAGUUGCUUAGAGUUACAUGGAUUAUUUCGUUUACACAUUUGGAACAAUUUGCAAAAACUACGAAUCCAACAAGAUUUAACUGAACUUGAUCCUCAUGCUGUUUCUGUUAAGGGAUUGUGUCCCUUUUUUAAUGUUCUCAUUGGCUGUGUCACCUUCUGUAGUCUAUAAAAGUUCAAAUGUAAUAAAAUAGACUUUCCUCUGUGUCUGCAAUAA